UGAUUUUCUACCCAAUAAACUUUGUCAUGCCUUGGCUCAUAUAAAGAUUGUAUAGACAAAUUAAAUUUUAUUAAUUUUUUGUCUCAAUAAACUUUGUUGUGCCUUGGCCCCUAGAACACUAUACGGACAUAUCAAAACAUACUAAUAAUGAUAAAUUGAAAACUAAAUGAAUAAAAAAAUAAAAAAUAAUCUCAACCUAGCUCACAAAUAUGUCAAGAUAGAUUCAUCACAAAAAUUUCAACUAUUGUAAAGAACUUCAUUUACAUGUAGAAAUCAUGACUUUGUCUACUAUUAAACCCUGCACCCUCUUCAUGUUCAUAUGUCUUGUCCUUCUCCUUAUUUCAACAUGGGAAGUGGAAGCAAAGAUAUUUUGUGGAAGGCCGAGCAGAACAUGGUCAGGGCCUUGUAUUGACACAGAAUGUGAUAGAGAGUGCAUUGACUCUGAGAAAUUUUCGGCUCUCCACCAUUCAUCGAGCACAGAAUCAACUAUGGUUGAAAAAUCACAACACUCAUUUUAUCGGGAUUACGAUCUAGAUGCAAAUUGCCAAGAGAAAUCACAAACAGUGGACUGAGCCCAAAUCUUUCAUUGAUGUGGAAAAUAAAAGUUUUUAGAAAGACUUUUUUUUAAAACAAAAAAUAAUGUGAUUGAAAGAUUAGAUCAAAUUAAGAAAUUGGAUGCGUGGGAUAAAAAAUAUUAGUAAAAAUUAACUUUUCUAUAAAAUUUAGAAUAAAUACCUUUUAGUAAAAAUAACUCUUUGUUCAAUAUGACACCAACUUAAUUUGAUAGAAAAUUAGUUAUAAUAUAGAUAAAAAAUACAAUAAUUUGUUUACACAAUCCGGUCAAACAAUCUAUUCUAGAAGAGAGAGUAUUUCUCUAAUUCACUAUACUCUAAAAAAUUGUUCCAAAAGAUUAUAUAUGAAUUAUAAAAAAAUUGUCACUCAAAUUUCCAAUUAUUUUCCACCAAAGUCUUUCUCAAUCUCUUCAACUUUCCAAUUAUUUUCCACCAAAAUCUUUCUCAAUCUCUUCAACUCUAUAUAUGAAUCACACUAAUGUAAGAUGUUUAAAAGAAUUUCCUAAUCUCCUUAUAUACUCCUAAAAGUUUUUAAAUUU